AUGGGCCUCUUCACCGGAACCUCGUCAAGUGCCACUGGAAGAGCCAAUUCAGCUGCGCCUCUCAAGCGCCGUUCACUUGGGCGAGUGAACAGAGACAGCUCGGGCUCACUUCUCGGUCCCUUAUCGCGCGGUACGACAACAACAACCAAGCCGGCAUUGCCAGUCGAAGAAGGAAGGCCGAAGUCUCCAGAAGGCGUUGAGGACGAUCAAGUGCAGACACCCGCCGCGCUGAAAGCCUCGUCACAGAGCGGAGCGGAAGAGACUUCGGACGAAGAGCCAGACCUCGCAGACCUCCAAUCGGAUAACACUUUCCUCUAUCAAAGGCAUCUGCCGCUCGACUCAGCGCUCGGAUUGAAGCCGCUUCAUCCUCCCAAGGUCUCAAUAUUCGAGCGCAUCGACGCCUACAUUGCUGAACACUACCUCGAUUGCUUUGGCAUCACGCAUCAAGACGAGGAGGUUCAGCAUCACAACCGACUCGUGCCCUUCUUUGCCAAAGCGCCACGCUUCCUCUCCAUCCGCUCGCUCAAACGAAAAGAGCUCGAACGAGACUAUACGAAGGAGCGAGACACUACCGAGACCUGUGCACGCAAACAGCUUUGCUUAGGUCGAUGCCUGCUUGGAUUCACUUGCCCGAGUCAGGACCUCACAAGCAAACAAGAUAACUGCCGCAGCCUUGAAAGCGGCGAAUGGAACGAUGAAGACCAGUCCUUCUACUUUGACACUCAGCCGACGCCCUACGAGUCCUUCGACCCAGAUCAGUCAUUUGAAGGCUACAGGCACAUCUUCUCUAGACCGAGGCCGGAUGACACUUGCGGAGUGCCAUCUGCUGAACCACUAGGCAGCUCGACCGCCACCGAAACUCUAUCCGAAGCAGAAGCCAAGCAGAGGACUGCAGAAAAGGUGCCCUUGGAACGCCGUUGCUUCAACUGUGGCCAAAGCGAUCAUGCAGUGGCACAAUGUCCGCUGCCGAGAAACCGCCAACGCAUCCGUCAGAGUCGUCUGGAGUUCGAGGAAAGCAAAGCUGAACGGGCCCAAGAUACAAGCAUGGGUGAAAUCAACGGACAUGCCAGGCUUCACCAACAGUUGGCUUCUGCACAACAGCGGCUACGAUGGCUCGACGAGUUCGUGCCCGGAAAGCCUAGCAGAGCUCUAAUUGAGGCGCUUGCUUGGGAGGCGGGGGAGACAGGAGGUGACCGCGACGCUGCCGAGACGAAAGACGAAGAGGUAUUUGAUCUACCUUAUUUGCGCAACAUGCUUAUCUGGGGCUAUCCCCCCGGCUGGAUAUCGGACCGAGAUCCCGUCGAGCAGAUCAGGCAGCGGAUCCAGCAGGACUCUGAAUGGGAAACAGUGACAGUCUUGGACGGAUUUGAUCUUGUAGCGCUGGCUCAGCCUCAGCAUCCGGAAUCUGACACUGUCAAAGACGACGACGACAACAGUGGGAAAUAUGCAGAUCAUGGUAAAAUGGCAGGGCAAGUGCGACGAUGGGUCGACUACCAAACGCAUCUUUUUGACAGCAACCGGCUCCAGAGCUUCGACAGGGCCUUUCGCGCCCCAUUGCCUCAGAUGCGAGAAGAGCCGGUGCAGAACUACCCUCGUUCGUGCGAUUCCUCGUUUCAGAGCCGAUCGAGAUCAACAGAAGAUACGCAAGAUUGGUGGUGGUGUUCUGAUAGGCCUGCGAAGAGGCGCAGAUGA